AUGAAGAGAGAACCCACUUACCAGAUUCACUCAGUCCCGCCACUCAAAGAACAAGAAGAUACUAUGCCAGCAACAAGCGAUUUUGUCAAAAGGCUAUACAAAAUGUUAGAAGAUCAUACCUUCUCUCAUGUUGUGUCAUGGGGCCCACAAGGCGACUGCUUUGUCGUAAAGGACAUGAAUGAAUUUACAAAAUCUAUCCUCCCACGCAUGUUCAAGCAUUCAAAUUUUGCUUCCUUCAUAAGACAACUCAACAAAUAUGAUUUUCAUAAAGUCAAAACACCCAAUGACGCCCAAUUCGGCGAACACAGCUGGACAUUCCGACACCCCGAUUUCCAUGCCGACCGGCGUGAUGCCCUCGAAAACAUAAAGCGCAAAGUCCCCGCAGCACGUAAAUCCUUCCCUUCCUCCUCUAACAGAGAUCACAAUGGCGACAGAGGAGCAAGCUCCGGCAACUACAUCCCAGGCGAAACUAGCACCACUGAACUAGCAGCUGUGCAAUCCUACAUCGGCGUCCUGCAAAACUCAUACCAAUCGCUAGCUGAAGAGCAGAUUAGGGUGUUGGAGCAUCAGUACGGGGACGUGAUGGUCAAUUUUCAAAAGGGGAUGGCACAGCAAGAUGCCUUGAUGCAAGGGUGGAUACAGUAUUUUUUAGGGGAGGGAGGUGAGUGUCGUUUUGUUGCUUUAUUUGUUUCUAUUAUGUCCCGUUUCUGA